GACCACGUAUCACUGCACCAGAGGAUCCAGCAUGCCACAGUACAAGCUGACAUACUUCAAUCUGCGAGGACGAGCAGAAAUCAGCCGCUACCUGUUUGCCUAUUCAGGCAAGAAGUACGAAGACCACAGGAUAGAAGCAGCAGACUGGCCCAAAAUCAAACCAACUAUCCCAUUUGGCAAAAUCCCCAUUCUGGAAGUAGACGGAGUUACCAUUCACCAGAGCUUGGCAAUAGCAAGAUACCUUGCCAGAGAAUCAGGUCUUGCAGGUCAGACACCUGUGGAACAGGCACUAGCUGAUGCCAUCGUGGACACCAUAGAUGAUUUCAUGACUCUGUUCCCCUGGGCAGAGAAAAACCAGGACGUGAGAGUAAGACAAUCAUUAAUUUAA